AUGGAUGGGCCGGAUGGUCCCCCACCUUUUGGAAAGCAUGAUCUUUUCCCGAACCAAGUCUAUAACGACCUUGCAGUGCCUCACUUCUGCCCACCUUUUGGAAAGCAUGAUCUUUUCCCGAACCAAGUCUAUAACGACCUUGCAGUGCCUCACUUCUGCCCACCAGAAAGAUAUGCUGCUCUCCAUACUGAGGCUUUCACACCUCGACCUGACGACAUUGUGGUGUCUACAUUCCCUAAAAGCGGCACCACUUGGCUCCAGAACAUUGUGUACAAUCUAGUGGGUUGUCCCAACGGACCCAUAGUUCAAAUCAACAAGUCAGUUCCUUGGUUACAGGAUUCAUUGUCAGUAAAAUUGGAGGAUAUUGAGAAGAUGAAGGGACCCCGAGUGUUCAAGACUCAUGAUUACUGGAGCUGGAUGCCGGAGAAGUUGAGGGUCACAGCUCGUUUUAUUUACUGCUCCAGAAACCCUAAAGACCAAGCCGUGUCAUACUUUCACCAUAUCAAAACUCUGAAGAAAAUAUACGGAGACAAGUGUGGUGCCAUGACAUUCAGUGAGUAUUUUAAUGAAAUCUACGCAAAUAAAGACGUGGCAAUGUAUGGACAUUGGGAAGAUCACAAUAUAGAAUGGCUCGAACAGUCCUCUAGGAAAAACAUCAUGUUUGUAACUUAUGAAGAUCUAAAGGAAGACACUGAGAGGGAGAUAAGGAGAAUAGUAGAAUUUCUGGGUCUAUCUGUAGACGAGGAACGGAUUACCGAGACUCUCAAACAAAGCGGUUUCAAGCACAUGCAGAAAAGCGACAACUUAAAUUAUUCCUGGGUGACUGAAGGUUCAAAUAACGUAUUUGUAAGGAAAGGUCAAGUAGGAGGAUGGGUCGAUUACUUGAGUGAAGAGGAAUCUGCUUACUUUAAUGAGCCUAUUAAACGAGUUAAUGAGGUAGGUGGAGAUGUUAGGUGUAGUCUUGAGCAGUCACUGUUAACUCAAUAAUUCAUAUCUGUAUAUAUCAAUAGUAAUAUUCUCAAAAUGUGUGUGUGUUCGUUCGUUCGCGUGUAAUUUCCGAGCGGCUUAAUCAAGUAAACUCAAUAAUUCAUAUCUGUUUAUAUUAUAUAUCUAUAUAAUAUAUCCAUGAAUAGUCAAUGCUGGUUUACAUAUAGCGAAUAAUUUGCAAUUUAAUCGUGUUCUAAACUAGAUAUCUAAAUAACAUAACAUUUAUUUUCCGAAGGGGUUUCUAAUAAUUUAUAGAUUUACUUGUAUAAUUU